CUAAAAACAGUACACUAAAAAUUAAGCUAAAGAGAUCAUAAAGGGAUAGGAACUGGAAAAAUGUUUACUCGAGCUGCUUAUUUCAUUUUUUUCUUUCAUGUUUUGCUCUCCAUGAGUGGUCAUGUAAGAGCAAUUAGGGAUGUGCAUCCAAAUGAAGAGCAAUUCCAAAGAAAUAUAAAUGAAAUUAUAAAUAAAAAAUCAAUUCAACUAUAUUAUAAGAUCUUGAAUGAACUUUUUAAAAGACCAGCUAUAUUUGUAAGUUCUGCAGGCCUAAACUUACCAGGUAAAGGUGUACAAUUAGAAUUUGUUCUUGAUUAUAUAGAAUCUUCAUACAUUGGCUUAUUUACACCUAAUAAUGUUUAUUCUGGAAAACAUUUAUCAAUUUAUUUUCCUAUAAAAGACCAUUCUUCUUCUCUCCCUUUCACCAUUCCACAAGAAAUGAUUGAUUCUUCGAUUACUCAUUCGUUAUCCGAUCUCACAAAUAUCUUCAAGCCUCGUCGAAAUUUCAAGAAUCAAUCGAAUGAGAACGCUGAUAAAUGUGAAAUCCAACCUGGCGAAGGUGAUGAUAAAAUUUGCAUAAGAGAUACGGAGUCAAUUGUUGGAUUUAUUAGUCGGUUUUUUAAAUCCGAAGGUAGUUUUAAAAUUUUGGAAACGAAACAACCUGAAACUUAUUCGAGUGCAUUGUUGCAAGAAUAUGGUGUUAUAGAAGAUCCGGAAGAGAUUGAGGGUGACGGAAAGGUAUUUUGUCAUCCGAUGGGUGAUGCGUUUUAUUGUCAUUACGCUUUUACGACGAAGGUUCUUAAGGUUUCGUUAGUAACUGAAAAUGGAGAUAAAGUCGAAGCUGUGGCUGUUUGCCAUAUGCACAAUAAUUUUGAUAGUAUUUUGAAUCGGAUGCUUGGUAUGAAGCCUGGAUCAGAUGCCCCUUUUUGCCAUUUUUUACCUGCCGGUCAUUUUAUUUUGGUUCAGUCACCAACUAUUUAUAAGGCUAUUUAAACCCUAAAAAUAAAAUACAACUAAGAGGGGGUGGUAGCUUAUAGUGUCCAUCACCAAGUUUGUUUUAAUCUAGUAGUAGUAUUUAUGAUAAAUGUUGUAUUUCUGGAAUUUGAAUGUUUUUUAAAGAUGUAUUAUAAUGUUACUGUAUUGUAUUAGUUUUUUUUUUACUAAUUUGCAAUUAAUAAAAGAUGAGUUUGCUUA